UAUUCGGUUGUUUGUGCUACUUAGUUACACGUGAGAAAUACACGUGAAAGUAGAUUGUUGUCAAUUAAAAUUACUUUAAAGAAUUCAUUAUAUAUGAGAAACUAAAUAUAAACUUAGAAGUUUUCAUAUGUUUUAUCAACAUGAAGAAUAAGCCAAUUCGUCAUAAAGAAACAAAUACAUUUCAAUUUAAAACAUUUACCGAAAGAGUAAAUGAAAUCGACGUCGAUGUAUUUCACCGUGUUGCACAUCGAAACGAGGAGAACGAUGAAGAAAUCGAAACGUAUUUUCAUCAAACACUUCAGAAAUGGAAUUAUCUUAACCUUACUGAAGGUUACUGCAGCUUUAAAAAGAAAGUUCGUGAUAUCGUAACGCUUCCACAAUUGGUUAAUCAAAAGCAGUUUGUAGUAGAUACAUUGAUAGAAUAUUUAGCAAAGAAAGAUGUUUUGUUUCUACAACCGAUCUUAGAAUUAGUUGUUGCUAUGUCUAAAGACCUACAAAAGGAUUUUUAUGAAUAUUUCCCUAGAUUUUUAACUGUUAUCAUUGAGUUAUUAAAAACAAAAGACAUAGAACAAAUAGAAUACACAUUCACAUCAUUAGCUUAUUUAUUUAAAUUUUUAUGGAAAUAUCUGGUUAAAAAUGUAAAAACUGUACUUGAUCUGUUGCUACCAUUGUUGGCAGAUACACAGCCAACUUAUAUAAACAACUUUGCAGCUGAAAGUUUUGCAUUUGUGGUACGUAAGAUAAAAGAUAAAGAUUCUUUCUUAAAGACAGUAUUGCAUAUAUUGAUAGGUAAUCCAAAUAUAAUACCAGGAUGUGGUAAAUUAUUGUUUGAAGUAAUAUCUGGUAUACCAGGACAAUUUCAUUCAUGUGCAGAACAAAUGCUUUUAUUAUACUUCAAUGGAUUGAAUAAUGAUUCUCUCAAUCAAAGUUUAAUGUUUAAAUUAUUGAAGGAAAUUAUUAACUGUAUGCUACAAAGUAUACACUCACAGAAAUGCCAGGUACUUUGGUCUGUACUUUUAAAUGUCAUGGACAAAUCAAUUGAAGAAACUAAACAGUUUCAAUCAAAAAUUGGAAAAGAGAAAAGUCUGAUUCUUUUGAUGCAAUUGAUAAAUAUAAUUGUUAAUCAUAGAAAUGGAAAAAUGGUUAUAGAUCCUGUACCUCUGAUUAAAAAAUUGUCACAUAUUUUAGAUACUUUUGAAAAUGAAGACAAUGUGUUACGAGAAGUUAUAAAUGUAUCAGUUACUAUUCUUUUGGCAGCCAAUGUUAGAUUGAUGCAGGAAACAUCUAGCCAAAUAUUACUUAAAGUUAUGUCGGUGAAAAAUAUUCAACUAUUAUAUGGUGCUGUUGAAAGUUUAAUCCAUUAUUCAUCAUUCGAAACUUUGGUAUUGCCACAUAUAAUACGACAUAGCAUUUUCAUUGGUUUUAAUGAUGAUACUUUACAACUGUUUACAAAGAUAGUUAAUGCAAAAGUUCCUUUAUGUCUCAAUGGUAUCAAUUUAAACAAAUGGACAAAAUACAUCUUAGAUAUAAGAGGUGUAAAAUCUGAUAGUAUUAACUACUUCCAGAAGGAGUUAGAAGUUUUAUUGGAUAAUAGUAUAUCAACAAAUGCAUUAAAAAUGUUAAUUAUUUUGCCACAUCUGAAGCCUAUACCAGCAGAAUUUAAGGAUAUUUUAAAAAGGGGAAUAUUAUCUUUAUAUAAACGGAUAUUAAACGAUACCAAUACAGAAACUGAAAUGAUCAAAUUAUGUUUGACAUUCUUAAUAUCUUUAGAAUCCGCAAUUCACAUAUUGGAAUCAGAAACUUUGCAUCAGUUUAUGGAAGAGAAUGAUAUAAAAGUAUUAGAUCUUAUUAUCAAAUAUCCUGAUAAUAAAUUCAUUUUAAAUGCUGUAGAUUUAUGUGUAACAUAUUUUAGCACAUCACAAUACCGAGAAAUGUAUAUAAAUCGAACUGUGUUUGAAAACUUAAACAGUAGUAUUGCAGAAAAAUUGAGUUCACCCUUUAGUGAAAUUCGCUUAAUAGUAACUCAUUUAUAUCUUUUAUUCUCCAAUAUUAGUGAAGUAAAAUUGUCUAUUACGAAUGAGAAGAAGGAAACAGGUGUUAUGGAACAUAUGUAUUUAGCAGAAUGUGAACCUAUAUCAGUACAUAGUUAUCGAAGUAAAUUGCUGCAUUUACAAGCAUUGUCAUAUGAAAAUGAAGCAAUGAUAAAUUUAGAUCUGAAGUAUUAUGAACUUCCAUUACGAUAUUUACUAGGAAAUCUGUAUAUAAAUUUUUCUUUACUUUGGGAACCUAUAAGUAAGAUCAUAGCUACUUUUGCAAUCAGGGAAUAUGAACAGUUUUGGCCUAUAUUUUUAACUGAAUUAAAAUGUAAUCAUGAAGUAACUGUAGACUAUAAACCAUUAUUUGAAUGUACAGUUAUUUCUGCAAUAGAAAAUGCUGUGCAAAAAUGCAGUGACAAACCAGACUAUGAAAAUCAUAAAAUUCUUUUAUGGAAAUGUAUGACAAAUUUUUCACAUUUCUGUGAGAUGAAGAAUAGAGAUAUAACAGGACUAUUCAUUGAUUUUGUAAAUCACAACUUUUUUAAGUCAAAUUCUGAAGAUGCAAGAUGUUGCAGUAUCUUAAAAGGUCAAGAAUCAAUUGUUUCUAAUAACAACAUGGAAAUUGAUGAAGAAAAUGAAAGUGAUAACGAAUCUGCAGAAAAUCAAGAAAAUGAGAAAGAGGAAAAAGAAAAAAAGGAAGCUACUAUUUCUACAGAUACAAAAAUGAAACAAAUAGAUAUGGAGUCUAGACAGAUAAAUAAGAUUGUAAUAAGUAAGAAUUAUAAAGUGAAGCUUUUACUUGCUCAACUUGAAGUAUUUGAAAAGAUAACAAAUCCAAGAACAUUAUAUAGGGAAUCAGAGAUGCAGAACAUUUAUUUAGACUUGCUGUCAUCAAAAGUUCCUGACAUUCAAAAGGGUGCUUUAAAUUGUCUUCUCACUUAUAAACAGAAAUAUUUAAUACCUUAUAAGGAAAAUUUGCUUAGUAUAAUUAAUGAAAAAAACAUGAAAAAUGAAUUGACACAUUUUAAAGUCGAUAAAGAAAGUAAUAUUAUACUGGAAGAACAUCGCAAUGAAUUUAUACCUAUAUUAAUGCGUAUAAUUUAUGCUAAAAUGAUUGCAAAAACAGGAAUGAGAACUGGUGGUAAAGCUGGAGGUACUUUAAAACGAAAAAUGAUCUUACGUUUUCUAUCUGGAAUUCAAGAGAAUGAAAUGAUCAUAUUUACCAACAUGGCAUUUAAGCCUUUCAAGAAAUAUAUGCUUGAAUUAGAUAAGAUGAAUGAUCAACAAAUUAACUUGAAACAACUUACACAAACUAUUAUUGAUACUGUAGAUUUGAGUAACAUUAUUCCACCUAAACGUUUGCAGAGUGCCACGAAUUUACUUGCAAUUUUAAUAGAACAAUUUGGUAGUAAGAUGGGAAAGAAAUUGUUACCCUACUUACUUGGUUUGGUAAUAUGCAUUCUGGCAGAAGUAACUGGAAUUUUACAGAAAUCAGAUCAAGUUCAUGUUGGAUUGUUACAAUCUAUUAAAAAUGUAAGAUCCACUUCCAUCUCAAUAUUAGCAAGGUUCUUUGGUCACUUUGAAGAUUAUGAAUGGAAUAAAUAUGAAAUAGAUGCCUUGUUUAAUGUAGCUGUAUUUCCAUGGUUAGAGAAAUUACCUAUAGAAGGUAUUCACAGUCCUACUCCAUUAUUGAGGUUGUUUAUGGCAUGGAGCCAGAACUCACGUUUUUAUCCGUUAUUUAUAAAAUAUCGCGAAGAUAAUAAAUCUGUUAGUUCUCUUCCUUACAUAAUGAAACUUUUAGUGGGUUCAAAAACUGAAACACCUGUUAUCAGUGCUAUUGUUGAAAUGAUUGAGAAAAUGGUAACACUACAAGACUACGGAAAGACAAAUGAAAAUGAUAUGGAAGUUGAUACACCUUUUGUUCCUUUAACACCUAUACUUAAUAAUUUAUCUGAAAUAAAUGAAGAAGCAUUAUCUAAUGGAGUUAAUUAUGGAUCUACUAUUCUUCUCCCACACGUGUUCAGUAUUUUACAAUAUAUUAAAAGUAAACUUGAAAAAUCAACCAAGGGAAUAAAUAAAUCAGAACUUGUGAUUUUAUCACGUAUUUCAGAAUUCGUGAAAGAUGCACAUGCAUGUGAUAUACUUCUUACUCUUACUUUACCAAUAUUGACUAAAAAAGCUGGAGCUGGAGAGGGAGAAGAAACGAUUAUUGAAUUGAUUACAACCACAAUAAACCUUGUAAAGCAAGUGAAGGAACCAACAACGCACAUGCGUGCAAUUCUACCUUUAUUAGGUGCAAUAUCUGCAAUUCCUGCUCGUAAACUCCUGUUGGAACUCUAUAAAACAAUUGUGGAAAAGUCUACAAACGAUUGUCAUGGGAUAUUAAUAAAAAAUUAUGAAUUAGUAAGUGCACUUAAUGCAUGGGAUCGCAGGUGGCUUGAUCAACCAGAUUUUCAAAAAAGAUUGGAUGCAUUUUCUGAAAUUAAUAAUGCAAUAGAAAAGGAUGAGAUUACGUUAGAGUUUGGCAUAGCUAUUAUUUAUAAUUGUUAUUACAUUCUUAAAAAUGAAGCAGAUCUAGCAUUAAGAGAUAAUGCAGGACAGUAUCUUAAGCUACUUGGUUGUAAAUUGGCACAGAAACAUAAAGAAAAUGUAGCAGAUAGACGUUAUUUAAUGGACAAUACAAUUUUACCACUUAUAAGAAAAGGGAUAACUAGCAAAAUUGAAAUCGUAAGGCUUCAAUCAAUAGCUUUUUUGGGACAUUUGGCUAUGGAAUGUUCAGACGUCCAUCCCGUCUUACGGGAUUUAUCUGUAUUAACUGAUAAGGCGGAUCCCGAAGUAGAUUUCUUUGAAAACAUGCAACAUUUGCAACUGCACAGGAGAGCUCGAGCAUUUCUUAAAUUUUGUAAUAUAGCAAAAACGUUGAAGAAGCCGUUCAAUCCGAGAACAUUAACACAGUUUGUCCUUCCUUUUGCUUCUUCAUAUCUAUGCAAUGAAGCUUUUAUUCAUAAAAAUAGUCUUAUCGAUGCUGCAAUAGGAACAGUUGGUACUAUAUGCAAACUUUUACCAUGGCAUCAAUAUGAGAUUAUUCUGAAACAUUACUUAGAAAAGCUAAGACAUUCUAUUGAAUUUCAGAAACAACUUGUUAGAGUCAUUGUUAGCAUUUUAGAUUCUUUCCAUUUUGAUUUGUCAAAAUAUAAAUUUGUAGAAGAAUCUUCAGUACUAAAAUAUAACAAAGAAAUUGAAAGGGAUCAUGAAAAAGAAAUAAUUUCUGAUGAAAAGAAAGAAGGAGAAAGUGUUGCAAAAGGUGAUGAUAAAAAUAAUGAAAAACAAGUAGAAGAGAAAUUAGAUGAAUCUUUAAAUUCUGAAAAUAUAGAUACUGUGGAAGAAACUGUAGGAAAAGUACGAAAUGAAACACAGAAAGAAGUACCUGUAAUGGAAAAACAGAUCAUUCUUUCACAGAAUGGAGCACGACGAGUCGUAUUUAGUAUAUCCAAGGAAUUGCUACCUCAACUCCAUUGUUCCAUUAUAGCGAGAACGAGUCGCGAAAGUAGUCACAAGAUUAACAAGAAAAGAAUUGCAAUAGAUAACGAGGAAGAAGAACUAAUGCGAGUUCCAAUUGCUCUUGCUUUUGUUAAAUUACUACAGAAAUUACCUGGACAUAUUUUAGAUGCUAAUUUACCAGGAAUCUUUAUGAAGUUAUGUACAUUCUUGAAAUCUCGUUUAGAAUCUGUACGACGUGUUACUCGAGAAAUAUUACAAAAAAUUAUGAUAACUCUUGGCCCGAAGUAUCUUCAUUAUCUUUUAAGAGAAAUGAAUACUUUAUUAACAAAAGGUUUUCAAGUUCAUGUUCUCGCGUUUACAGUACAAUCAGUAUUAGUAGCUCUGAAACCAUAUUUUCAGAAAUUUGAUAUCAAUGAAAAUCUUCAAAGUAUUUUAUCUGUAUGUAAAGUAGAUCUAUUUGGAUUAACAGCGGAAGAGAAAGAAGUAAUAGGAAUUGUGAAAAACGUAUCAGAAGCAAAAUCUACAAAAAGUUAUGACAUAUUUCAUAUAUUAGCACAAUAUAUUACUGAAUCAUGUUUGGUGGAUUUAAUCUUACCAUUAAAAGAAGUGCUUAUAAGAAGUCAUUCGCAUAAAACUUUGCAGAAGGUUGUGGAAUGUUUCAGAAACAUAGUACUAGGUUUAGCUGAUAAUAUCUUUAUACCAUUGGAACAAAUGUUAAUAUUCCUUUAUGGUGUAAUUUCUGAAAGUAUUCCUGAGUUUAAGUCUGAGAAGAAUGAUAAAGAAUUAACAGAAAAGGAAGUAGAAAUACUCAGUAGACAGAAACCAGAUUGCUUUAUUAUACCUCCAGAACCAAAAAAUAAAAUGGGCAUAAAGGCUACUUCAAAAACUUCAAAGAACACCAAUGUUCACAUUAUCAUAGAAUUUGGUUUAAAACUUUUCCAUAUUCUGUUAAAAAGAGACAAAAUAUCUAAUACAGAAUUUAAGUCCCUGAUAGAUCCAUUUGUACCACACAUCAGUGAAUGCAUAAAAUCUCAACAUGUGAAGCUAAGCACGUUAGCUUUACAGUGUUUAAACUGGUUGCUUAAAAUGGAUUUGCUUUCAAUACAAGAAACAAUUUCUGAUAUUUGUUCAUCUAUCUUUAUUAUCUUGCAUAAAUAUGCUGCAGCUGGCCUAAGUAAAGGAGAUAAUUUUGAUUUAGUGAUGGCUGGUUUUAAAUGUAUGUCUGUAAUUGUUCGUGAUGUGAAACAGUAUGUAAUUAGUAUAGAUCAGUUGAAAGCCUUAAUUAUGUAUGCUGAACAAGAUAUGCACAACACUGAUAAGCAAGCAACAGCAUUUGGUUUAAUCAAAGCGAUAAUUGCUCGAAAAAUGAUUCUUCCUGAAAUGCAUAUCGUUAUGGAAAAAGUUGCUGCUUUAAGCAUUACUUCUGAACUAGAACACGUUAGAGUACAAUCUCGCUCCGUUUUUUAUUCUUAUCUGAUGGAAUAUCCUCUUGGUAAACAUUUACAGAAACAUAUAGCAUUUUAUUUGACGCAAGUUAGCUAUGAAAUGCAACCAGGUCGUCUUAGUGCUUUAGAGAUGAUUUACAGUAUUGUUACAGGAUUUCCAGUAAAAACUUUGGUCUUGAAGUCGGAUAUCAUUUUUAUAAUGGUGGGUGUAAGAUUGAUAAAUGAUGAUAAUCCAAUAUGUCGCAAGUUGUGCGCUAAAUGUAUUAAGGAAAUGAUUACACGUAUACCUUAUAAUAACAGAAGCAAACUUUUUGAUAUACUUGUAGCGUGGUUAAAAGAUCUUAAGGUAAUGCAUCGAACGUUGGGUGCUCAGUUAUGCGGUAUAUUUGUAACAGUAGAAAAGGACACUUUUAAGUCUCGUUUAGAUGAAAUAUUACCGCUUCUUUUGAAACAAUUUCAUGCAGAUUUUAAUGAUAGCAAUGAACCUGGUCGUUUCGUGAAGUUACAUACAGAAAAGGAAAUGCAAUUAAAGAAAGAGCAUUAUAUCAAAGAUCCAGAGAGAAUGAAAGAUCAUCAUAUGUUUCAAGUGUUGCAAUUGUUACUAAAAAUAUCGGCAAAUUGUACGGCAUUUCUCAAAAGUGAAGAAUAUAAAAAUGCUAUUCGUUCGUUUGCUGAAUAUAGUCAGUCCUUAUUGGCACAUCCUCAUACAUGGGUGCGUUUAGCAGCGUCUCAACUGAUCGGAUUUAUUUUAGCUGUUCAUGACGUUGAUAAAAUUAUAGACCUUUUAGAAAACCCUGAAAAAUGUGAAGCAGAAACCAGUUACAUGUAUUCCGAUCCUACUACCGUUAUAAAAAGUUUAAGUUUAGACCUAAUUGCGCAACUACAGCCUGAUAUGACGUUAGAAGAAUUAGCCGAUCAGACUGUUAAAAAUUUAAUUUUUAUCGCGAGAAUAUUAAAGUCUGUAAAACAGAUUAAUACUGCUACAGAUCAAGUCAAUGAAAUGAAAGAUAAAGAUAAGAACCAGUUAUCACUUCCUUGGCUUGUUCGAAGGCUGAGAAAGGCUGUAAAUAUAGAAAUAACCCAAGCUCCUAAGUCAAUAACAGUGCGGACUGCUUUCUUUAAGUGGGUUGGCGGUGUUGUGGCUACAAUACCCAUGGAAUAUUUAAAUGUGGUACUUUUUAAUAUUAUGUCACCAAUUGUGCGUGAAAUAUCUACUACAGAAGAAAAAAAUACCAUUUUAAGACGAUUAGCUAAAGAAGCGAGUGUGAUGAUUAAGAAACGAUUAGAUAGCGAAGAAUAUACUAGAUUAUUGAAUCGAAUACAACAGAAUUUGGAUAUUAAAAAAGCAGAAAGAAAGAUGAUGCGUACGCAGCAGUUUGUAACGGAUCCAGAAUUAGCUGCCAAACGUAAAAUUGCAAGACAACAGAAGAAAAAAGAAGCUAAAAAAAGGAGAUCUGACAGAGUGACAGGGAAGAAAAGAAUGAAAAAACGCGCAAGAAAAGAAGUCGAUUUGGAUAUCAUAUAAAUAUUUUAAAAAUAAUUGUUACCAUAAAACAUUUUGUCAAGAAAAUAUUUAUUUGUCAGGUUGAUGGUAUUUUUAGAAUAAUUGCAAAUCUAAUGUAUAUACAUAUGCAAUUUACGUCAUACUAUAUCUUUUUAAAAAUAGAUAAUAUGUAGAUUUUAUACAUAAAC